CCAGUUCAUACUGGGCUCGCUGACAACAGCUUCUUCGGCCAACUGGUUCAGUAACCUCGAAGUUGGAAUCGGUUAUAUCUUGCCCUCGUUUCCAAGUACCCCCAGUGCGUUUACCCGGUGUCGCCUCCUGCUCAUUUCCGGUUUUCACGGAAGUCAGAUCCGACCUGAUCGAGGUACUUUUGAACUAUUAGACUUGUUAGCUUAAAUACGGAUAAAAUGCUGCGAAGAAGGCGCGUCGUGGAUCUAUUGCAAGUCAUCUCUUCUCAAUCAUGCAAGUGCCCCGCUCAUGCAAACCCAGGAGGAUAUGGAGUACAACACAACCAUGGAAGUCUCCAGAGCACGGCUUCCACAACUGCUCCUUCGAAGGAAUACGCGUUUGAGAUGGCCUGUUCGACGAUAAGAUACGGUCUCGGAGUGACGCGAGAGCUCGGAAUGGACAUGCAAAACCUAGGUGCAAAGCGGGUGUGCCUGAUGACGGACUCGAACUUGAUCAGCCUGUCGCCAGUGAAAGCUGCGCUGGACAGUCUGGCGAAGCACGGUGUAAGUUUCGACCUCUAUGACAAGGUUAGAGUGGAACCAACCGAGGAGAGUAUCCAGGACGCGACGAAAUUCGCUAAGGCGGGGAAGUACGACGCGUACAUCGCGGUCGGUGGUGGAUCGGUAAUCGAUACAUGCAAGGCUGCCAAUCUCUACGCCUCAGACCCAGAAGCCGAGUUUCUGGACUACGUGAACGCGCCGAUCGGCAAGGGGAACCCGGUUCGGGUGACCCUGAAGCCCCUGAUUGCAGUACCAACGACAUCCGGUACCGGGUCCGAGACCACCGGCGUCUCAAUCUUUGAUUACAGACCGCUCAAGGCCAAGACGGGAAUUGCGAACAGAGCCAUAAGACCGACCUUGGGGAUGAUCGACCCCCUGCACACCCUGACCUUGCCUGAACGGGUCUGCGCCUACUCCGGAUUCGACGUCCUCUGCCACGCUCUUGAGUCUUUCACCGCGAUUCAUUACACCGAACGAACGCCCUGUCCCACCAAUCCCAUUCUCAGGCCCGCUUAUCAGGGCCAAAAUCCCGUCAGUGACGUCUGGGCUCGCUACGCCCUUCAGGUCAUGCAGAAGUACUUCAAGAGGGCCGUUUACAACCCGGACGACGUCGAAGCCAGGAGCAGUAUGCACUUGGCUAGCACCAUGGCUGGCGUAGGGUUUGGCAAUGCCGGAGUUCACCUUUGCCAUGGAUUGUCGUACGCCAUCAGUGGCAAUGUUCGGAAAUUUCAGCCAGAGGGAUACACCAAAGAUCAUCCCAUCAUUCCGCAUGGUCUUUCGGUCGUAAUUUCCGCCCCAGCAGUAUUCGCGUUCACCGGAAAAUCUUGUCCAGACAGGCACUUGGAGGCCGCGCAACUCUUGGGAACUGACGUAACGAAUGCGAAAAAGGAGGAUGCUGGUCAAAUACUUGCAGAUACGGUGCGAGAGUAUAUGCGAGUCAUGAAAGUCGAAAACGGACUCGAGGAACUCGGGUUUCUCAAAGACGAUAUACCGAGAAUGGUGCAAGGCACGCUACCCCAGCAUCGCAUCACGAAAUUGGCACCCCGUGAACAAUCGGAAGAAGACUUGGCUCAACUGUUCGAAAAUUCGUUCAAGAUAUAUUAAUCACAAAUUCGUCGCGGAUACUUGUAAAUAAUACGAUGUAUAAAUUGUUAAAAUGGAAUCAUUCGGCUGUUAUAUUUUGUGAAUAAAUAAAAUAUUUUAUAUUUUCAAAA